GAAGAAACCCAACCAAGGCCACACUGUAAAAAAUGCGGCUGCACUUCAUUGAAAAACUACACAGCCUCCACUUCCGUGUCGGUUUUACCCAACGAAUUUUUUGGACAUUUCCUAAUUAUAAUUCAGAUACAUUAGCUUUACGUACAAAAAACGGUAAAAGUGAAGAAAACCUUGAUCUGAAACCUAUUUCAAAAUUGAUUAUUGCUCAUUUCGUUGCAAGCGAGUGCGUGGAGUGCGUAAAAAACCACCGAGUGUUUAAAAAAGCCACAACAAAUUUUGAAAAUGGAAAAAAAGUUCGUCACUAGAAAUUCGCUACUCACCGACGUCUUCGAACACCCUCGUACUCGCAAUCUUUACAAUGUUUACGUUCUCGCCUUCACGUGCUUUACUUUCUACACAGCAGCAAAAGAGUUCAUCACGACUGGAAGGGUAACGUUGGGGCUUGGGACCAUAAGGACAGGCUUCGCCCAUUUCGAUAAAGCUAUCUUCGUGUGGUUGUGCUACUUCGGAUCAACGUGUGCAGUGUUUUACCUGUUCAAAAUUUGGUCAAAUCUUCGAGAGUUUGUUAAAGAAGUGGCCACAAUCUUCGACUGGUUUGGAGCAACAAGCUUAAUUUUUUACUACUUUUACAGCUUCAAAUUAGUCACUUUCGCUGUAUACUAUUUCGAAUUCAACCCUCCUUGUACAGUUUUCACAACUCUUGAACUCAUUCGACAUUUAAUGAAAGUGCACUCGUUCGUGCGCACCAAAGCCUCACAAACCUCCCCUAACCUCAACUUUUCCAACUAUCUAUACUACCUCUUCGCCCCUACCCUCAUCUACAGAGACGCCUACCCUCGAACGAACUCCAUCAACUGGAACUUCUUCAUUCAGUGUCUUCUCGAAUCCAUUAGUGUCCUUUUCAUAUUCACGUUCUGCGUGAUACACAGUCUCCCAUCUCCUGAAAGAUGGCUCCAAAAAUUUACCAUAAGCGAGGUAUUGCUCGAAAUUGUCGAAAAAAUGGUCUAUGGAACGUUCGCUUUAACGGGCAUAUUUUUCCUUAUCUUCCAUUCGGUACAAAAUCUGUUUGCUGAGAUAUUACGAUUUGGAGACCGUCUGUUCUACUUAGAUUGGUGGAAUGAACACAGUUAUCAUGGUUGGUUGUCGAAAUGGAACAAGAUCGUACAAGAUUGGUUGUACUAUUACGUUUACCGGGAUUUUAAGGUGUACGUCUGUAACAAUAGUUUUUUACCUCGAUUUGUGGUGUUUUUGGUAUCCUUUGGUGUGCACGAGUGGGUCAUGUGUUGCUGGACUGGCGGUUUUUUUCCUUUUAUGUUUCUACUGUUUGUAACCGUGGUGUUUCCGUUAUCGUACUACAACCCCCCUAAAAAUAUCAUUUUUAAUGUUUUUCUUUGGUUUUCUGGUAUUUUAUUGCUAGUCACAGGUCUUGUGUUUUAUACUCUUGAAUGGUACGCCCGUACAAAAAGUCCUUUGAAAGAUCCAACUCUUUGGGACUUUCUUGUUCCUAGGUUUGUAACAUGUGACUGCGUAUUAAGAAGCUAGAUGAAUUUAAACCAGGAAGUGGCUACAGGCUAUAGGACUUAAACCCCAACUAAAAUCUGUGUAAAGAUUUAUUACGACGACAAGAAUUAACACUGAAAGGACAACAUUCAAGAACAUACAACGUGGUACUUAAAAAAUAUAUUCUGUAACAUACGAGUGUU